GAAGCCCGUAGUGCGUCACUGUGCAGUCAGGGCGCUCCCUCCGCGCGCCUCCAAAGGACGCAGGAACGACCCCUUAAAAGUCAAAGGCUCUCCGGUGCCGCUUUAAUAACCGUAAUUACCGAUGACGACACCGCCCCCUGAUUUCACUAACGGAAAGUCGGGGGGCCGUUCCUCCGCGUGCUCAGGAACGCUGACUGUUGUGUGCGCCGCGCGCCGUCCACUACGGUAACCCAAAGCCGCAGUCACUCACGUGUUGGUGUCCUCAAGCUCUGCACCACCGGCACCGCGAGCUGCUCCCGUGGUCCGCUGCGUUAAAGUCAGCCGCUACUCAACGCUAUUGGUCGUUUUUUAAUUAAUAUUAAUUGAAUUGGUAUUUACUCAUUUUCUCUAUUUGAAUUGACUGACAGCGGUCGUUAGCGCGUGCUUUUAAUAUUUUACUGAAAGUCGCUCCUGCGUUUGUUUACGUGUGCUCGCGGUCUGAUUUGCGGGCAAGUUUGGAGCAGGUAACGGACGAGGCACGAGCCGGUGUUUACAUCAGCGGCCCGCGGACACGAGCGUAACGGAGGUAUUGAUGCCGGAUCUCGAGCACUUCAGGUUCUCCUACUCGACGAUGAAUCCGUUCCCGGGGUCCGAGAUCGCGUUCCCGAUGCACCAGACCGAAGUGAGCACGGGCCUGGACCCCUACGGCGGCCCGGACCCGGGCUACCUCCUGGGGGAGCACGGCGGGUUCGGGCCGGACGGCUUUCCCGGGCUGGACUUCGGCUCGCUCCCGCCGUCCGGUCUCGCCUACCUGCACCUUAACGGCUCGGUCCCGCCGCACGCGCCGCCGUCUCCCGCCGCCAUGGCGCUGAGGAACGACCUGGGCUCCAACAUCAGCGUGCUGAAGACCCUCAACCUCCGCUUCCGGUGCUUUCUGGCCAAGGUGCACGAGCUGGAGCGGCGGAACAAGGCCCUGGAGAAGCAGCUGCAGCAGGCCCUGGACGGUAACCAGGGCAACGGAUCGGACGCGCGCCUCAAGAAGCCGUUGACCAAAGACAUCGGGGUGCAGACCGGGUUCAUCGGACACAUCCCGGUGCGCCCCGGGGCCAUCCCGCUCCUGAACGCCAACAACGCGGCUUACCUGCCCGGGGGGCUGUUGUCCCCCACCAUCCACCCCCCGCUGUCCUACGACGCGGACUACAGCCAGUCGCUGCCGGGCAACAACCUAAACCCGGGCUUGAUCCUGAACUCGGGCCUGGUGGACUCCAACUCCAACAUCACCCCGCUGUACGGCGGCUGCGUGAGCCCCGCACGCUCUCCCGGGGACCCCACGAGGCACGUAGCCAACAUCAACGACAUCAACAUCAAAAACAUCAACCACGGUACCGGGAUGGCCACGAGCAACAACCCCCCGCCCCGGUUCCUCCCCGGGACCAUCUGGUCCUACAACCACACCCGUCGGCUGGGCACGGGAGGCCGGGACUCGCGCGCGACAGGCCCUCCUGGGGGGCCCUGGAUCCAACCAGACGGCGUGGGGGUUCAGGUGGACACCAUCACACCGGAGAUCCGCGCGCUCUAUAACGUGCUGGCCAAGGUGAAGCGCGAACGGGACGAGUACAAGAGAAGGUGGGAGGAGGAGUACACGGCCAGGGUUGACCUGCAGGAGAAGAUGGCUGAGCUGGAAGAUGACCUGCAGGAGGGCGAGGUGUACCAGGAUGAGCUGACGGUGCGCGUGAAGCAGCUGAAGGCGGAGCUCGUCCUCUUCAAAGGCCUCAUGAGCAACAACCGCUCGGAGCUGGACAGUGCGAUCCAGGAGAAGGCCAUGAAGGUGGACAUGGACAUCUGCCGCCGCAUCGACAUCACAGCGCGCCUCUGUGACGUCGCCCAGCAGCGCAACUGUGAGGACAUGAGCGCCAUGUUCCAGGUGGCCACGCCCCCCUCCACUCUGACCCACCGGCACAAGAGGCAGAGCAUCCAACCAGCCAAGGCCGUGGACGGAGAGGAGCCAAUCAGCAUGUCUGAGAGCGAGGGCGGGACCUAUGAAGACGACUCCUGCAGUACAUCAGCCAAUCAGAUCAACGAGGAGAUGCAGAGGAUGCUGAAUCAGCUGAGGGAGAGUGGGUUUGAUGAUGACUGUGACAGUCUGGCCUGGGAGGAGACGGAAGAGACUCUGCUGCUGUGGGAGGACUUCCCUGGUUACACACACACCGAGCAGCAGGAGGAUUCGAUCGAGGAGGUGAUCAAGGACACGGAGUCACUGUUCAAAACCAGAGAGAAGGAGUACCAGGAGACCAUCGAUCAGAUAGAGCUGGAGCUGGCGACGGCCAAGAGCGACAUGAGCCGCCACCUCCACGAGUACAUGGAGAUGUGCUCCAUGAAGAGGGGGCUGGACGUCCAGAUGGAGACCUGCAGGAGGCUCAUCACCCAGACCGGGGAGCCCAGGAAGUCCCCCUCGCUGUCUCUGGGGGAGGAGCCUGAGGACCGGAGGCGGCCGGACUCAGCCGUCGUGGACCGCUAUGUGGACCUCCGCCCGUACGCACCUGUGCCCCCGCUCACCUGGCGGAAACCCUAGCCCCGCCUCCCGGGCCUAGCCCCGCCUCCCCGGCAUGACCCCGCCCCCUUCCAUCAGGCCACGCCCCCAGCACACCUGUCCGCACCUCACCUGGUUCCUGUCCAUACUGUGAAGAUGAUGUUCGGUAACCGUGGUUACUGGUUACAACAUUCCCUUUCCCUUUUUGAACCCAGCUGAAAUGGGUUUGGUUCCUGUAAAUUAAUCAUCAAUUAUGAAAUAAUCGCUAUAGUAGAAGAAAAAACCUUUCCUGGACAAAGAUCUGCCCCCCUGUGGCGGGAGAUCGCUACUACACCUCAAGGAGGUUCAGAAACACCCUGGCUUAGACGCUUGAUCCCACAUCGUGAUGUCAGACAAGGCUGCUCUGAUCAACGACGAGGUUUGGCCACGCAGAGCAAGGUCCCCUCAUGAAGAACUUUAGAGAACGGGGAGAAACUGACAUUGAGAGGAACGGCAUGUAACUUCACAGCAGGGAAGCUAUCCCCCCUUUCUCCUCAGUGAUGUGCUGUUGGUCUUCUGUGAUGUUGGAGGUCCUGUUCUGAACCCUCUGUUACUCCCAUGUGGGCCUACUCACAUGAUGCUGUGUACGUAUAAUAAGAGUAUAGAGAGCUGGCGAAUGGCGCUGUGCUUCCCAAACGGAUAGCUAACGAUGUUUUAGCGGAUUUGGUGCAUCCAACAAAUCUGAAGAGAUCGGACUUGAAUCCCCGGUUCAACCUGCUGUCUGAAGAACUGUGGGAGAAACAAUUAGCUUGGACAGACGUUGUUCCUGGCUAGCAUGAGCGGAUUCUGGCUGAAACUUAAUGCCGAUUUUCAUCACAAAUAUUAAAGAAAACGCUUCAAGGAAAUGACAACAUUGAUUAACACGUGAAGAAUACAACCUGGAUUUAAACAUGAAGAAUGCUGACCAUGGAUUUAAACGUGAAAAUUAUAGACUGGACAUACAGUUCAACAACAUGGCCGCCGGAGCUUCGGAACAAAUCGUUAAACCGAUUUGAUAGUUCUAUUUAUUUUCUCCGAUUAUCCAUUAUUGAUGUAACUUGUUACGUUUGUCAAGUUUACUCUGAGCUGAAACUUUUUUUUGCACUGUAAAGAGUACUGUCAGAAAAGAUGAUCUAUUUUUGAGGAGGAACUUGUAUAUAUUUGGAGAGGAAGCCAUUUCAGAGCUAGUGCACUAGGGUAUACCCGCUGUAACGCAGUAUUGACACAAUGCCUUCAGAAGCCUCCUGACGUCAAGAGCGUCUCUGGUUGUGAGGCUAGCAUGUUGUGUGCUUGGCUGACUGUCCAGAUUAACGCUGCGCAUAUAUUAGGGUUUGUAGUGGUUUUGUGGACAAAAAACAUUGUGAUCUCAGAAGGUUUUGUUGCUAAACCCUUGGAGCUUCUUAACGUACGGUCAUGCACUGCAAAGAAGAAGCACACAUUUUGAACUUUGGCACAUUUUUCUCUCUUCAUUUUAUUUUAUUGUACCGGCAGCAGGGAACAGGUCAGUCCACCAUUUUGUAAAGUAUACGAUUGCACGGACUGCAUUAAGGACAGAAAGAACCUUCUGAACCCUCGGGUUCACCCUAAUACUCACGAGCAAUAUUGUCAAAGUGUAAAUAUUAAGGCUGAACAAACUUCCAGAGCUAUAACUAUAACCGCAUUAUGAAUUCACCCCCAGCACUCACUCAGUCAUGGUAUUAACUGUACAUGGUCAUUCACCCCCAACACUCACUCAGUCAUGGUAUUACCUGUACAUGGUAAUUCACUCAACACUCAUUCAGUCAUGGUAUUACCUGUACAUGGUAAUUCACUCAACACUCACUCAGUCAUGGUAUUACCUGUACAUGGUAAUUCACUCAACACUCAUUCAGUCAUGGUAUUACCUGUACAUGGUAAUUCACUCAACACUCACUCAGUCAUGGUAUUACCUGUACAUGGUAAUUCACUCAACACUCACUCAGUCAUGGUAUUACCUGUACAUGGUAAUUCACCCUCAACACUCAGUCAUGGUAUUACCUGUACAUGGGGAACAUUCUUAGAAUCAGGGUAACUGAGUUUCUGUUAUUUUUUAUUUAUUAUAAAAUAAGCAGUUAAAGGUUGAACUGGUUAAAGUUAUUAAUCGUGGGUCUUGGAUGCAAAUGAAGUCACAACGAUCUUUGCCAAGAUAACGUGUGGUUUAUUGUUUUGUGUAAGAGUGCAUCUUUCUCUUGAAUCUUUGUGGCUUGAAAACUUGCAACACGUAGCCUAGCUUCCAGUGCUGCGCCGCGGCCGUACCCCUACUCACUAGCCCUGGCUAAAGGGAGGUUAAGGUUAGCAUGGGGCCCCCUCCCUCAGUACAACGCCCGCUCUGUACCUAGGAAACACUUCAACGCAGAACACGCAGGACACACUAACAAUAUUUAUCUUGGGGGGGGGGGGGGG